AUCGACCUCCGAGAGAUUGGCUGAAUACCCGAGAAAAAAAGAAAAGAAUAAAAAUCUCUAUACAAAGGAAGGAAGGAAGGAAGGAAGGGGACAAGUUCGAGAGACGAGAAUGGACAUCGGCUGGGGUGUGCAUAGGUUUUGUUUUAGUUUCUAUGAGACUAUACCACUCUGUCAUUUCCACUACAUUGGUCGCCCGUGUAAAGUAGGAGCCCACUGCCCAUACCGUCAUGAUCCGUCCAGAGUCGUAAAUUCUGGUUCGGAGGAGGAGGAGUUGAUUGCAAGACCUCGUAUUAAGAAGCGCCCUCUAAACCAACUAGUGCAUCCAAGUGUUAAAACGCUUUACAUCACUGGACUUAACUCGAGUGUCCUCGAGCAGGACAUCCGAGACCAUUUCUCCCCCUAUGGAGAGAUCGACUCUGUCAGAAUCUUCCCCCACUUUGGAGGCACCUACGCGUUUCUCACUUACACUACCCGGCUAGCAGCAGAGACGGCCAUGGAAGAGCUCGCCCUCUUCACUUACAUCAACGGUCAGAAGCUUCACCUCUCGUGGGGCCCUCCUGAAGAUGAGCUGCAGACAGUUUGUCCUGUCAUUUCAACCGAAGAUGAUGAUGCCCGCCAGAAGAUAUACUUGGCUGCCCUUUCCUCCUCCUUCUCCACUCUUCCACCAAACGAAUGGCCUCCCGUGGAGUCUCCACCACCACACCUUCUCCACUCUUCUUCCACCAAACGAAUGGCCUCCCUUGGAGUCUCCACCACCACACCAGGACCAGUCUCAAGAUAACAAAUUCCAUAUCCAGUGACUCAGUUAUCAUAUAUUUUCUCUAUGUUGUCGAUCUUGUUCGAUCAUUUUCUCACUUUAUUUAGGACACUGUAAUCUUAAUUAUUGUGCUGGAUAAGUGGUGAAGCCCUCCCUAAUUAGUCGUAGUAUCUUUCUCUAUAUAUUCUCCUGGAUACUCAUUUUUAUGUUCAUGUGUUGUCUCCAAAUUAUCAUUACUUUUCAUAAAAAAAUUCACGACUGUAUGCU